GGCCGUGGCAGCAGACUGGAAGCCAGGAGAAAGACGAAGCAGCUGCAGGACUGUCCAGCAGAGUAAAGGCUCUGUUGAGAAAGCGUGAGACUCAAGACAGCCGGAUCGCAGGGCCAGACCACCACAGUUCACGUGGCUGAGGGGAGUGGCCUUCUGCUCGGCGUCACUGCGGAGGCGGAGUCUUCUUGGAGCAGUGCCUGUGAGUUCUACUCUGCCAGCCUUGUGGGAGGAGCCGCAUUUUACCAGGCUGCAGCUGACAAGAAGCGUCAAGCCUUGGCUGAUAUCAGAGGCUCAUGGGCUGUGGGAACUCUACAUGUGACUCAACUUGAGCCCAGAAAGGCAGUGUAACUACAUACACGCCCCCAAGGGUGAAAGGGUUGCCUGGAAAUCAACUGGCUUGAGAGUCAAGAUAGUUGGAUCACAUUGCAAGACUGUCACCGUCCAUGUGACAGAAGUAUCUUUCAGAGUUCUUAUUCAAACAACAUGUUCAAGUAACCUGGGGACAUAUUUGUGGAAGAAAACAGUGCACAGAAACCAUAAACUCUUUGUGGCUCUAAACCAAAAGAAACUUUAAUAAGACUGUUGUUUUGAUAGCACUUGUAUUUGCAGACACAAGGCCAACCAAUCUUUGUAAUACUAACUACUUGGCACACUAAUCUAAAUCACAAUGGAUGGUGACUAUGUCCUAUGUUUUUGGAAAGAACAGUUAUGGCCAGCAGAAGUCUUAUGUAGGUCUGAAAUCCCAUCAAGUAGUAAAAGGGAAAGCGCAUUUUCUCUGGAAGUUCAAAUACUUCCACUAGGUGAGAAAAUUACUGUGAACAGCAGGGACACAAUAGGCCUAAAUAAAUCUGAGGUUGAAGCUAUUUUGUCCUCAAUGGCAGAACAGUCAGAGGUCAGAGUUCCACCUAGGGAAGAGACAGCCUAUGAAAGGUCACUGAAAAUGGCGCUGGAAAUGGUGAAUGAGAUAACAAAUCAGAGCCAGGAAAGCAUGCCAGAUGAAGAAGACACCACUAGAGCAUUUGAAAGUGAACCGCCAGAGCUGUCUGAUUCACCUCCCCCUAAAAAGUUUCGGAAACUGGAAAGCAGCCUCCAAGAAGACUCAGCCUCCAUUUUACUGUGCUCAGAGAGUGAUGAUUCCCUAGCUGACGAUAAGCUGCAGGUGUACACAAUUUGUGGGGGUAUUCCAAGUGAAGAGGAUUCAAAGCCACCCAGAGGCUUCAGCUGGUACCCAGUUUAUCCUUCAUUUAUAAACGAUGAUGAUGAUGAUGAUGAUAAAAAAGAAGAAAAGAAAAAGAUUGACAUCUCAGCAGUUAUGUCUGUGAAUUCAUCAUUCAAAGAGGAAAGUGAAGACAUUAAAGAAGAAAAGUUUAUCCUAUCAGCAGAUGAUCUGAUUGUAGCCAAAGAAGAGACCCAAGGCUUCUACCCAGAAGCCCCAGCAGGUUCCUCUGAGUGCUCCACCUUCCCAGAGGAUUAUAUGGAUGAUCCUGGAGAGGGCCCAUCAUAUCUGAUUCCAUGCUUCUAUGGCAGCCAGAAUCAAUCUUCUGUGGAAUCAGAAAUGGGUGCUGAGCCCUCCCCUGCAGGCUGCUCAGGGGACUCUCAGGUUUCACUUCCUGCCUGUAGUAAUUCAGUCAACAGUGACCUACUACUUCAGAGACGGGAUUCUGAAGAUCCUGAGGAAGAAGCUCAAGCGUCUGACAAGCUACCGUCUCAGAAUCCUGUUAGUGCCGCUGCACUAGACAAUGCUGACAUGGACGAUGAUGAAGACCUUCCCAACUUCCUUCUCUACUACGCGAAGCAGACAUUUGAAGUCGGAACGAUAGUGUGGUUUAAAUAUCAAAAAUACCCAUUUUGGCCAGCAGUGAUAAAAAGCCUUAGGCGAAAAGAGAGGAAAGCAAGUGUGCUUUUGGUUGAGGCAAACAUGAAUCCUCAAAAGAAAGGUGUUAGAGUCUCUUUGAGAGGAUUAAAAAAAUAUGACUGUAAAGAGAAGCAGGAACUUGUGGAUAAAGCUAGGGACGAGUACGGUGACAGCAUCGAUUGGUGUGUGUCGCUGAUUUGCGACUACAGAGUUAGACUAGGUUGUGGAUCUUUUACAGGCUCAUUCUUUGAGUACUAUGCUGCUGACAUCAGUUACCCAGUCCGGAAAAUAAUCAGACAAGACACCUUCAGAAAAAUCUUUCCAAAACUACCCAAUGAAAACACAGGGGAGCAAAUGGCUGUGACUUCCCGUGCCAAGAAAAUAUCUUUCCGGAAAAUUCUCCCUGACCGGAUGAAGCCUGCUCGGGACCGCGCUAACAAGAACCUGGUCGAUUUCAUUGUCAAUGCAAAAGGUGCAGAGAGACAUCUCCUGGGCAUUUUAAAGGGCAGAAAAAAAUCCAAAUGGCUGAAAUCAUUUUUGAAUGCCAAGAGUUUCACACCCUGUAUCGAAACAUACUUUGAAGAUGAAGAUCAACUAGAUGAGGUGGUGAAAUAUCUACAAGAAAUCUAUAAACAAAUCAAUCAGAAGAUGCUCACUCUGAUAAAAGAUGACAAAAUUAAGUUUAUCUUGGAAGUUCUUCUACCAGAAGCGAUUAUUUGCUCCAUUUCUGCUGUUGAUGGCUUAGAUUAUAAGGCAGCGGAGGCAAAGUAUCUGAAAGGACCGUCCCUUGGCUAUAGGGAGAGAGAAUUAUAUGAUUCCAAAAUCAUAUUCGAAAAGAGACGGAGGUCGGUAGCAAAUGAAGCUCAGUAAUUAUGCCAAGAGUUGAAACCAUAAGGGAAGCUAGAGGAAACUUUAGAAAAGUAAUCAUCUAGAAUUUCCAACAUGUAAAUAUUGGCGAAAAUAUGUGCAGGGAGGGUCUUUGAAUCACAAGUCUUUUAUUUUUUGAAGAUCUGUGCGAUCUGCAGAUACCACUACAUCCGUCUUUAUUUUCUUGCACUUUUUCAGAGUCAGCUUUGUCAAUAUAUUUUUAGCAGUUUAAUUUCUUAACACAUUUUAGAAUGCUUAAUUCUUAAGCGAUUUUAAGGAAAAUUACUAUUUUGUUCUGUGAUAUUUUGUGUCUUUGCUGUAUAGGUAAAUACAGCAUGCACAUUCAGUUUGAUAAAAUUGCACUGGUGUUAGAUUUUAAGCAAGAGAAUUAGAAAAGAUGUCGAAAACAAAUAUCAGUUAUAUAUUUUUUGCUCUAUUUUUAUUAAAAUACUAAGUUUUCUCUUAAGAUAGCUGAAUUAUUUUUCCUGUCAUGCCUAUUUAUUUUUUUGCAAAAUUAUCUCUAAAUCAUAGAACCAAAGAUAGACUAAAUGUUGCUACAUGUCAUAACCAACCACAAUUGCUUUUGCAAGGAAACAAUCUAAAAUUAAAAGGUAUAUGGGUUAUCUGCAUGUAAUCUAUGUGUGUGUGUACAACAUCUCAGCAUGCAGAAAAUGACUUUUGGCAUCCAUGAACAGAACUGUUCAUUCUACACUUCUCUGAAAUUCCAGUUUGAGGAGUGUCUGUCUUUUGAUGCUGAAUCGUUUUUAAAACAGAUGAGCUUCUGGUUAUCUUCAUAAUUGUGAGUAGGUCUUAUUACUAUAGCUAUCUGAGCACAUGUAGAAAACAGUUAUAAUUAGCAUAUCAACAGUCCUGCCCCUCUACACUCCAGGGUUGCUGCUUCAAGGUCUAUCUAGUUUGUGUAAACUAGAAAAAGCAAGCACUGUGUUCAGAAUCCUGUCUCCAGUUAGAAAUCCAUUUGUCUCAAACCAAGCAAGCUUUAGCACCUAGCUUAUGUAUAGAAUGGUUCCAAUUGGUUCCAGUAACAUAAAUGCCAACUGGUAAAUCAUUCCAACCUACUAGAUGGACCAGAAUCUGAAAAUUCGGAAAAAAAAAAUGUUACAGCAAAAGUUCUUUACUUGCUACGUGUGGCAGUUAUUCUGUAUAUGGUGACGUAUACAAAAUCAGAUGUUCUUGUAACUUGAAACAAGAUUUUUUUAUAAGUCUUAGAAAAGCUAGUAUAUUAAAAAAGCUUGAUGUGAAAAGAUGUAUUAAGGGCUUAAUACAUCUUAACCUGUCUAUAUUUUUACCUCAUGGAGUGAGACAACUUUCCCUCUUGAGCUCUUCUCUUGUGUCAUUUCACAUGGCUAUAUGUUUAUGUACAAUUUGCAAAGUUUUGGUAUUUGAUUUCUAAUGAAACCAUGAUAUCUUUCAUGUUAGAGGUUAACUUAGUUGUAUAGCAACACA